UGAACAUAAAAUAUUUUGUACAGGAUAAACACGAAUCCACGAUCUGUCUAAAUUAGCUCGAGUGCUUUGUGUGUAUAGGCCUGGAAUCUUAAAAUAAAGUUGAAGUGAUAUAAUUUGGUGACGUAGAGUCCAAAACUUUUCUGGUGAAUUCGGAUAUUAAUAGGGCUGCUUUGUGGCGUAGGAUUAAAAAUGUUGAUGACGUAGUGUGUAGAAUUUGAUGACGUAGUGUGUAGAAUUUGAUCACAUAAUGAGUAGAAUUUCGCGACGUGGUGCUUAGACUUUGAUGACGUAGUGUGUAGAAUUUGAUGGCGUUGUGUGUAGAAUUUGAUGACGUAGUGUGUAGAAUUUGAUGACGUUGUGUGUAGAAUUUGAUGACGUAGUGUUUAGAAUUUGAUGACGUUGUGUGUAGAAUUUGAUGAUUUAGUGCUUAGACUUUGAUGACGUAGUGCUUAGACUUUGAUGACGUAGUGUGGACUCUGGACGCACCAUGCGACUCGUCCAACAUCUGAGAGCCACAUGGCAGACGUGGCUGGUUCUUAUCCUGCCGGUGCUGCUCUGCCCGAUGAUUUUUCCGUUUUCUCAGAGAAGUCAGGAACUCAAAUGCGGCUAUGUGGUGGUGUUGAUGACUGUUUACUGGAUCACCGAGUCACUUCCGCUUCCGGUUACCGCCCUCAUCCCCAUCGUGUUAUUGCCCUUGCUGGGCGUGGUGUCCUCUUCAAGACUUUGUAAAGUAUUUUUUGAGGACAUAAUUUUUCUACUGCUGGGUGGGAUCAUCGUUGCCAUAGCAAUAGAGGAGACUGGUCUCCACAAGAGGUUUGCCCUGAGAAUUUUAAUGGCCAUUGGUGUCCAGCCGAGAAGGCUGCUGUUCGGCAUCAUGGUGACCACCGCCUUCAUCUCGAUGUGGAUCAGCAACACGGCCACCACGGCCAUGAUGAUGCCAGUGACGCGAGCCCUGCUGGUCAAGAUGUUCGCGACCACUAGGAAGGUCCAGAGUGGCACGGUGUGUCCGGCGGCUGAAGGUCAAGGUGAAAGUACAAACACCGAAAGGGAGACAAUUUUUUAUACACAAGUCACAGAGCGAAUAACUCCAGGUGUUGAUGGCACUGAGUAUAGCCAGCCAAUCAACGGCCUACAAACAAUAGAAGAUCCGCAGCUCAUCACUACCAUUGACCAAUCGGAAAUUUCGAAACCCAGCACUUCGGCAGACACAGAGGACGACGAUGACCAAUUGAGCAACCUUGACCCCGAGAGCUUGUCCACCUAA